CGGACACUCAUAAAUAAAAAUUAAAAACAUUGAAACCUAGUUGACAACAAAAAGUUGCUUUUUUGGCGAAUAAAAAUGAAUUAGAACGUAUCCGAAAUAAUACUACACAUUAAAGUGUGUAGUCUUUUAAAUUAUCGCUCAAUUCCAAAAAAAUGUGUAACACAAUAUUGACCAUUCGGCACUAAAAUUAAUGGUAUAGACGCAGUAGUUUAUUAUGGAUGCUUCGGCAUCCGUAAAAGCAGAUGCCGAAUAUAACAAAUUGUUUAGUGUUUAUGUAAAAAUCCAAAAUCCAUUUGUUGCAACAAGCAAACAUAGGAGCUCCGUGGUUAAAUAUACAAGGCUUUCAGAAUUAGACUUGAAACCCAAGGGGCCAUGGACUGAAAACAAAUACUCAUUGGAACCAAGAUUGCGCCGUAUCAUCGCGAUCGAGGAGCCAAAUGUAGAAACUACUAGAUCUCUUAAAUCCAAUGUUGCACUCUCUCCAAAGAUGUCCACCACAGGGUAUUCUAAGAGGAAAAUUGUAACCAUUGAAGAAGAUGAGGAGAAAAGCCUCCAUCCAAAAUUUUCACGUGAUGUGAAAACCUCUUACUCCAAGAUGAUCAACCGAGCAGUAGAAACUGGUAUGAAAGAUCAGAAAUUAACACAUAGAACCACAUCAAGGUUAUCAAAUGCAACUAAAUACUCCCCAGACACAAAGCAAAACACUAAAACAAAUUCCUUAGGCGCUAGAAAGGAAAUGAGUGUUCCUAACUUUAGAAGUAAGCAGACUAAAGAAAACGACCCAUAUUUGAAAGGUAAAGAAUCACACCGAUACGUUAGGAACACAAAUGCAACGUCGAAAAUUAAUCAAAGCAAGAGAGUUAACGCAACUGAUAGCGAAAGAGCAAUCCAAACUGUAAAAAAUAAAUUAAAAGAAGAAACAAAAGAAGUAAUUAAAAGGGUUGCGCCCAAUGACAAGUAUUCAAAAACAUCACAAGAACAGAACCGAGUAAAAAGUUUAAUGGUGAAAGAAAUAAGUGAACGAAAAAAGCCAAUAACUGUAAUACAUGUACCACUUGAAGAAGAUUUAACAAAGCAAGAUUUGAUAAACCAAUUGUUAGCUGAUGAGUACAUUGAAAAGGUUUAUGAAAAAAAUGUAGCAGAUUGUAUAAAAGAACUUGACAAAAUUAAUACUUUCAAAGAUGUCAAUGUAGGUACGGAACCUAUUAAAACUCUAGACCAGAUUACAGAAACUGUCUGUGAUUAUACACAAAACAGUCACUCUAUUAGUGAGGAAAUUAGAGAUAAAACAACAUUUGAUAGUCUUGAAAUACCAAAUGUUACAUUAAUAAAAGAUAAGGAACCCAAAGAAAAUAUAGUCAAUUUCAAUAGUCAAUCAAUACCUAAUCUCAAAGCUCCCGCAUUUACUGUUACACCGGAUGUAAAAGAAAAAAUCCAAAAUGAACAAUGCUUCCGAAAAAGUACUUCCUACAUUAUAAGCACCGCAACACUGACAUACACUACCAAACAAAAAAUAAACUUCCAUGUUGUUGAAAACGAAAUUGAUAUGAAUUUACCUGCAUGCCCCGUUUCCUACCCAAUUAAUGUUAUAUCAGUUUAUAAAAAAGAAAUGAAAGAUAAACAAGCGCGUGAGAAUACACCUAACAGGCAGGAAGAAAGAGACGCUAAUAAGCAGCAGAGAAGUGAUACACAACGCCUACGAAAUAAGUCGCAUGUAUGCCCCAAGACCUAUGAUCGCCACCAAUUAAUGAAACCAUCAGAUAUAAUUAGCUCAAUAAAAGCUCAGAAUAGUUUAGUACCCAAUGACUACAUUAAUGAACAGUUUCAACGCGAAUUAAACUUUAUUGACUCGUUUCUCGAGUCUCUGCAAUAUUUAGAAAAUUGUUCCUUAACCGAAAAUACAAUAACCCAGAGUAGUGUUGACGACCUAGUAAAUAAUACAUAUGAUUUGAAGAAAUUGGAGUACGAUUCGUUUUUCUCCAAGUUUGAUAGUAGCCAGAAUGUUGAUGAUCGCGAAACAAUGGCUUCAAAGAGUCUUUGUCUGCUCAAUUUACUCAUACGCGAUGAGCAAAGAAGAGCGAAGAACCUCUUGUUUGUACUGAAGAUGCGAGAGGACGCCCUUAAAGACUUUACGAAAUCUCAAAUUCUUUGGCUCGAAAAUAGAAAAAAGCAGGAUAAUACCGAUAUUUCAACAUUAAAGAAGAAACAAAGAGGCGCUCUGUUGAAGCUACAACACGAAUGUGGUGAAAUGCAACGUAUGCGUAAAGCUUUACUGACUUUAUCGGAAAAAAGGAAGGUAGCUCUCAUGAAAACUAAGAGAAAUAUCGAGUUGAAGUUCAAGAACCCUGUUGAUGUAGAACAAAUUAUACUAGAGAAAAGAAAAUUAAAGCGCAGCACAUCCACUGACAGAAAUACGGCGCCACUGAAGUGUUUCGAUUUGUCGAGCAGUGGAUGUGAAGAAAGCACUACAUCCCGGCCAAAAUCUCUUACGCCAGUGUGUAUACUUAAACCGGCCAUAGAAAGUUCUGGAAGUGCAGAAAAAUGCAUACAAACGGGUGACAGCAUAUUAGCUCCUACCACAGUCAACCAAUCCACAAGCACCGCCGAUGAAAACUUUGUUGUAGUUGACGGUGGCUAUUUAAAUAUUCUAUUUCAGAAUUUGACUCUUCCCGAAAUUUUUAGCAGUGGAAAACAAUAUGAAGUAAAUGAAGAGGCUCUUAAAAAUAUAGUUGCAACCACAAAUAGUCAACAUGUUAAUAUAAAAGAGGGAGAUGUUAUCAAAAAGUUUAUGGAUCAGGUCAAGAGUCAAGAUGCAGAUAGAUCGAGCAGUCCUUCGACCGCUCGCAGCUUAGUGGAGGAGUUGGAUCUGUACUAUAAAGGUUUAUCGGAGAAGGAGAAGUCUCCGAUAUCGUCUCCCGAGGUUGGCGUUAUUACGUGUGAAGUGAAGGAUGUCGGUGUGCAAAUGUGUGACGAAUCUAAUUGGCAAGAGGAAGCUUCUAAGAGUGUGAUUGAAGAGGUGUCAGUGAAUAAGUCUAGUCUAGAAUCUGUGGAGGUAGCUUGUGUGUGUGAACCUUUGUCGACAACAGCAGAAACGCAGUGUGUGAAAGGUAGAGACGAGCCCAGCGGCAGUGUGGCUGGACCACUGCCUGUUCCUGCUGGAGCGGCUGCGGUGGUAGAGUCUACGCCACCGGACCAGGUGACAUGGAACCAACAGAAACUGUCAUCAUCAUCUACUUCACCAGAAUGCCUUUUUGCAGGGGAAGGGAGUAGUAUCGGCAGUCCGGUGCUAUACCCGAGCGUGUCGUCGCUCGUGUCGCCCGCGCAGAGCGAGGCUGAGGAGCUUCGCAGGCAGCAGCUGGCUAUUGAGCGGGAGAUAAAGGCGUUAGAGCAGCAACAAUGUCAGCUGCUAGUGGUCCGCGAAAUACCGGACAAGCCGCCGCCUCCAUACACGCCACCUUCAGAAACAAGAGCUCCCAGACCGCGAAAAUUCUGCGUAGACUCCACUAUUGAAGAGAGAAUCCACAAGUACAUCACAAAGUCGAUCCCUCCAGAGUUGGAGGACGCAGAUUCCUUUGAUGCAUUCCUAAAGGACUAUUGCCAAGAAUCUCUGAGCAGACAGAAGAAGGAACGAGGGGACAAGUUUUGGGACAACUGCCACGAUCUGCCGCCAAAGCCCCAACUUGACGCGGGGAAGUUAGCCAUCAAGACUAGUGCGGAUUUGAAGGAAGUGCUUACUGGAGUGACUCCAACUAUUGUUUCGGGUGUUGGCGCGAGACGGUCAGACCACAUCGACGACAUUCUGUUCGCCGAGUGGCGGCGCUGCGAGCCCGAGUGGACCUCGCUGCACACCGACGAAGUCAUCGUCAAGAACCAACUCUUCGAGAGCAUCUUCCAGAAAAUCCUCACCGAAACCAUAGACGAAUACAAGAAAACAGUCCUCGCCAACAAAAACCCCCUACAAGUCAAUGUCACACUCUAAGCGUGCAAUAUAAUGUUAUAGCUCUAGCGUAAUUCUUCAGUUAAAUGUAAUCCACGUUAUAUUCCACGUUGAAUGUUCGUUGUUCUAGUAGAAAUGUGUAUUCAAACGUCGAACAAUUGUUUGUUAAAUUAUUUAUUUUAGCGAUAAUAUUGGAGAAUAUCACAUAGUGCUUACAAUUUAUACUCGCUAAAUCUAUAAAUAUAAGCAUGGUAAUAUUGUA